AGACUCCCAAGUUUCGUUCGUGUGUUUGGAUUAUUUUUGCACUGAACGCUAACGGACUCAAACCGAACGAUUCGGCAGCCGACGAGAGCACCUUAUACUUAUUCUACCAUGCUCCAACAAUUCCAAUCUUCGUGCAUUCGCGGUUUGUGAGUCGGUGGCACAACUCCUCGCUUCGAUUGGCGCUAUAUGCGUACACAUACAAUUCUGAUUUAGCUCGCUAAGGGGGAGACAGUCAUCUCUAAAAUAGUCCCACGGAAUCAGGCGACCUUUUAUUGCUAGAUGAAGGGCCGGUAUGGAUGCGGACUCACCGGAGGCGGCUCCACCGGCGUUUUUUUGACCGGACUUCUCUUCACUUUUCUUGUUUUCGGCGCCCACAGUGAUAAGGUGGAGGUAAUAGAGCUGGACAAUUGGACGAUAACUAAUCAAAAUGGCUCCCUGACUAUUGCUAACCAAUCAACGCCCUCGGGAAUAUACAGCGCCUUCGGAUCCCAACUUCUGGACUCCUACAACGACGUUGCACUGCGUUAUCUGGGAUAUGACAACUGGACUUACUCGAAUGUCUUCCAGUUCGACGUCCACCACUACAGCCGGGGCCACAUCAACCUGACCUUCCACGGCAUUGACACCGUGGCGGAAAUACGGCUCAACCACCAGCUGCUGGGAAGAACGGACAACAUGUUUGUGCGCUACUCCUUCGACGUGAGCAACCUGCUGCAAAAAGAGAACCUACUGGAGGUCGAGAUCCAAUCCCCCAUAGUGGCUGCGCUGGCGAGGGCCAACGUGUUGAUCAAUGGGAAUAGAAGCGUGCCUCCGGAAUGCCCCAAUGAACGCUACCACGGCGUCUGCCACAUGAACAUGUUGCGUAAGAUGCAAGCGAGCUUCUCCUGGGACUGGGGUCCCGCAGCUCCCUCCGCUGGAAUCUGGAAGAACGUUGCCCUGGAGAUCUAUGAGGUGGCCCUCCUGCGCGACGUGGACGUGGAUGUCAGCCUCAUCAAUGGCACUCACUGGAACAUGCACAUACGCUGCUACCUGGAUGCGGUGGCCGGCCAAGACUUCAACGGAAGAAUUGUUCUGUACGCUGUUGAGCUAUUGGACCAUCCGGUGGUCGUGGACGAAUACGCAUCGAAAACAAUCAGCCACUUGGCACCAGUAAUUGAGUUCGAUCAGGCCGUGCCAAUUGAGAAAGUCGUGACCUGGUGGCCCAAUGGCUACGGCGAGCAGAAACUUUACCCGCUUCACUUCACCUUAAAGGCCUGGCUAGGACCCAAUGAGCCAGAGGUUCGGUCCAAGACCAAGUCACACAAGUCGCUCCGAGUUGGCUUUCGCACGCUACAACUGAUCGAGGUUCCCGCUGCAGAUGGAAUGGGAAACACCUUUUUUUUCCGUGUCAAUGGAGUGGACAUGUUCAUGAAGGGGAGCAACUACAUCCCCUCCCACAUCCUGCCCGAAAUGCAAUCGAACGAUCAGAUUGGGCACCUGCUAAGAUCAGCAAAGGAAGCGCACAUGAACAUGCUGCGGGUCUGGGGAGGCGGUGUUUACGAGUCGGACUACUUCUACCAGCUCGCCGACAGCCUGGGCCUUCUGAUCUGGCAGGACAUGAUGUUCGCAUGCGCCAUGUACCCGGUCGGCGACGAAUUCUUGUCAUCAGUGCGCGAAGAGGUUCGGCAGAAUGCCAAGCGGCUGUCGCACCACCCCAGCGUGGCCAUCUUUGUGACCAACAACGAAAACGAAGCUGCCUUGGUGCAGAACUGGUACGGCACUGCUGCUGAUAAGGAUCGAUUUGAGGGCGAGUACCGGGAGCUCUACCUGGCCAAUGUCAUACACGAGCUGAAGCUAGUGUCGCACAAGUCUCGACCCCAGCCCCUGGUUUCCUCGCCCUCCAAUGGCAAGGCCAGUGAGCAGGACAACUACAUUUCUGCCAACCCGCAGGACAACUACAACGGCGAUGUGCAUUUCUACGACUACUUUAAGGACGGAUGGGAUCCGGAGACUUAUCCACGGCCCCGAUUUGUCAGUGAGUAUGGAUUUCAAAGCUUUCCCGGUGCCUAUGCUUGGCAGCGCAGCAAGAACGAAGACGACGACCUUGUUUCCCUGAUCGACCACCGCCAGCAUCAUCCGCUGGGAAAUAUUCCCGUAAUCACCCUGGUGGAGAAACACCUACCGCUCCCCUUGCCAGAGGAUGAGAACUACGCCAUCGCUCUGGUGUACUUCAGCCAGGUCGCCCAGGCCAUGGCCACCAAGGUCGAAACAGAACUGUACAGAAGCCUUCGGGACACUCCACACCACACCAUGGGCGCCCUUUACUGGCAGCUGAACGACGUCUGGGUGGCCCCCUCCUGGUCCGGCAUUGAUUUCUACGGCAACUGGAAGCUGCUGCACUACUGGGCUCGUGACUUUUUGGCGCCUAUUGCCAUUGUAGCCCUCUACGAAAGGUCCACGGACUCGCUGAACAUCUCGCUCAUCUGUGAUCACCUAAAGGUAGACACGAAGGAGCUGAAUGUCGUGGCCAACAUUUACCUGUGGUCUCAGUUGCUGCCGCGCCAAUCGACCUCCUGGGCAGUCACCCUGCACCCCAACGGGGUGCAGUACGACAAGGUGAUCCCCCUCAGCGAACUGCUGCAAGGACAGUUUACUAAAACCAACUCGUUUCUGGAACUCCUGUUGUGCCGCGGCCAGGAGGUCAUCUCCAGGACCAACUACUUCCCCAGCCCCAUUUCCGCGGCAGUUGGCAUUGAGGACCCCGAUCUGGAGUAUGAGAUUGCCUCCCGCAGUUGCCUGAACACCACCGACGGCUUUCGCAACAGCUUCAGCAUUAGCAUCCAGGUGAAGCGGCCAGCUGUAUUUGUGUACCUGGAGCUGCUGAAGCCUUACCGCUACACCCUGUCCGAGAACGGAUUCAUGCAGACAGCGCCAGUGCACGUAGUAUUCCUGACGUUCGACGCGCCUUCCUGCUUCCGGCUCCUGCUUCGCAAGUCGGAUAUCCGGGUGCUCACCGUCAACGAAUUCAUGAGAUAGACCAGAGACCAGGAAGAGUUCCUUGACAACUUUAAUUCAACGUUUAUAAAUAGCUUAACAAUGGACUGGUCAAUAAAUAGCAACAACCGCUGAGCACCCAA